ACACUUACCCUGCCCUCAGUGGGCAUCGCCGCUGCUAGGCGGCACCUUAGGGCUCCUCCCGCGCUCCUCUCGGCGCAGUCCCCAUGGCCACCUUCCAGGAGGUGAGCGUGUCCGGCUUCGAGGAGUUCAACCAGGCUGUGAAGGACCACAAUGGCAAAACCAUCUUCGCCUACUUCAGCGGUUCUAAGGACGCCGAAGGAAAGAGCUGGUGUCCCGACUGCGUGCAAGCGGAGCCAGUCGUUCGAGAGGGGCUGAAGUAUGUUAAUGAAGAAUGUGUGUUCAUCUACUGCCAAGUGGGAGACAGGUCUUAUUGGAAGGACCCAAAUAAUGACUUCAGACAAAAGCUGAAAUUAACUGCAGUGCCUACUCUACUUAAAUAUGGAACACCUCAAAAACUGGUAGAAUCUGAGUGCCUUCAGGCCAACCUUGUAGAGAUGAUAUUCUCUGAAGAUUAAGAUUUGAUGAUGGCAAUUGUCUUGAUUUCCUGGUUUGCCUACCUGCUUUGAAUUCAUGUUAACAAUAAGUAAAUGAUGGUGUUAAAAAUCAGUGUAUGUCUAAAUAAUAAAGCAUUAAUAUGCAAACCUUCAA